CCAUAGAGAGCGAGAUGGCUAUUGGAGCUCGAUUGUGCUUGUGUCUCUUGUUUGCCUUUGUGAUUAUGUGUUCAGCUCGAAACACCAUUUUACUUUCAGGGAAUGAAAUGGUGCAGUUGGCCUCCGAGGGAAGGUCUCUAGUGAUGACUGACGACUACAGCGAGCCAUCAGCAAACCGUGGGCACGAUCCCUCUAGAAAUAGGGGUGGCGGUGGCGGCCGGAAAGGAUGAGAUUGCCCUUGCCUUUUUCAUUUCAUUUAUGGUUUGCUAUAUAUUUACUCCAAAAUAAUCUUCACAUGCUCUACCUUGUAGAGCUGAUGA